AUGCCGGCAGUAGGCUCGGAGCUGGGGGGGUACUGUGAAGACAGGCCGGCAGCCCACGCACAAAAGAAGCCCAGCGUUCCUCACCUGACUGCCGGCAGGAAGCAGACAUCAAGGAGGAAGAGCCCCUACCUCUGCACACCGACCUCAGCCCUGCUUGAGAGUGACUGCUGUGCCCCUCCGUCCCGCCGCAACACCGCUGCUGUCAGCUCACCGCGCUCAGCUCCGGGACAACACCAACCUCCCUCCACUUCACCAGCCACUCUCACCUUCACCUCCACUUCCUUCUUGCACAGACUUGCUAUUUCUCUGAAACAAGACUUGAGGCUUGAACAACAAAAAAGAACUAUGGCAGAGCAAGCAGAGAUCUUCAAUGACUCUGUCCAUGGCCAUAUCAAGAUGCAUCCUCUGCUGGUAAAAAUUAUUGACACACCAGAGUUUCAGCGCCUGAAGAACAUCAAACAGCUGGGUGCAGGCUAUUUCGUCUUUCCAGGAGCUUCUCACAACCGCUUUGAGCAUUCCAUCGGCGUGGCUCAUCUGGCAGGGGAGCUCGUACGAAGUCUCAGAGCUCAAGGAAACGAUAUAACUGACAAAGAUGAACUCUGUGUUCAGAUUGCAGGAUUGUGUCAUGACCUGGGUCAUGGCCCUUUCUCUCAUGUAUUUGAGAUUUUCAUGAAGGAGGCAAAACAAGAACUGAAGUGGGAGCAUGAAGCAGCAUCGGUCAGAAUGUUUGAACAGCUGAUCAAGAACAAAAAGAACAAUAAAACAAUUGAGAAAAUCAUGGAAGAUGAUUAUAAAUUUGACAAAAACGACAUCGAGUUUAUCAAGGAGCUCAUCGAUAGCAAAGCAGUGCCUCAUUCAGCAGAAGAUACAUGGCCCUAUGAAGGAAGAGGCAGAGACAAGUCCUACUUGUAUGAGAUUGUGGCCAAUAAACGCACGGGCAUUGAUGUUGACAAAAUGGAUUAUUUCAGUAGAGAUUGUCUCCAUCUGGGAAUGAAAAGCAACUUCUCCCAUGAACGCUAUGUGAUGUUUGCACGAGUCUGCACCAACGAGAAAAAUGAAAAGCAGAUCUGCAUAAGAGACAAGGAAGCACUGAACAUGUAUGAACUUUUUCACGUUCGAUACCUGCUUCACCACACUGCCUACCAACACAGGGUUAAGGUGGCAAUUGAAAUGAUGAUUGUUGAUGCACUUUUGGCAGCUGAAGCUGACUUUAUGUUGGAUGGCAUGAAAAUCUCUGCGGUACCAAAUGAACCUAAAAAAUACCUGAAAAUCACAGAUGACAUUCUUCAGGAAAUCAAGCACUCAGAACAAGCAAAGGACAUCAUUGAGAGAAUUGAGAAACGUGAUCUUUACAGCUGUGUUGGUAGCAAAAUCUUCCAGCCUGAGGCGCUGGAAGAUUUGAACACUGCAGAACAGCAAGAGCCAGAGCUCUCUGAAAAAGACUUCAGAGUCAGACCUAUUAAAAUAGACUAUGGAAAGAAAGAGGAAAAUCCCAUUGAUUCGCUACGAUUCUACAGUAAAGAUGAGAAAGAUAAAGCAGUACCACUGUCUGCAUAUGAGGUCUCUUACAUUCAGCCAGGGAUCUUUUAUGAAACCAAGGUCAUGCUGUUCUACAAAAAAAAGCCUGUCCCAGACCUAAGCAAGGAGGACAUCAAUUUGUUCUGGAAGAUGAUACGGAAGCUUCCAGAACAGAAGCAUGGGGCACCACACUCCAAAAGGCCAAGACGCCAAUAA